AUGACUACACGAUCCGUUAGUCGCCUCUUCUGACAAGCAUGGUUUGCUGAAGACCAGUUCCAACAUGAAUUUACGCCUAAGUCGGUAGUCGAUGAUGUGUGCUUCACUAUGCUAUGUCCCACAGUGUUUAUGACAGUUCAUAACUUGUUUGUAGUGACCUGUGACAAUGGCUACACAUGGAACCGACGUCUGAACCUGUGCUACAAGCUGGACAAGACACGGGUGACUUGGAACCUCGCGGCCACCACGUGCGAGACUGACAAGGGCCACCUCAUCAGAGUCGACAACGCGGACAAGAACGAGUUCCUUACCACUCUCGCAGAAACCAAGGGUACAAACAUCUGGAUGGACGGAUCUGACGAACAACAGGACGGGAUAUGGGUGUGGUCAAAUGGUUCUAAGAUCAACCAGUACUUUUGGGACAUCGGAGAACCAGCAGUGGGCAAUACCAUACAAAACUGUUUAAUGAUUCGCAGCUUUGGUGAAGUGAACAGACGCUGGCAUGACGCCAAGUGCACCGUGCGGUUGGGUUUUGUUUGCCAGCUGCCAAUGUCAGAAAAUGUCAGCAAUUGUUGGUAAAUAUCCCAUACGUGGAUAUCAAAAAUAUAUCUUUGUAAUACAUGUACUUGCCUGUUGGUCUGGGCCAGAAGAUC